UGUUUACGAUGGAACACUCUGAGUUAAGAACCGGGCGUCGCUCGCUUUCGUCUCUUCUCUGUGAGAUUCAAAUAUAAUCUUCAUUUUUGAACAUUUUUGAACAAAUAUCAGGUUGUUUUUUAAACUAAAUGAGUCGCAAUGGAGGACAGCGGGGGUAAAAAGACAGUCACGUAUGUGUUUAGCUCUAAUUUCAUUCACACAUGCGACACAUUGUCCAAAGUACCAAACAGGGCGAGUAUGGUUCACUCACUGAUAGAAGCUUAUGGUCUGCUGGAACAUAUGAGGGUUGUGAAGCCUCGUGUGGCCACCAUCGAGGAGAUGGCCAGGUUCCACACAGACUCUUACCUGGAACAUCUUCAUAAAAUCAGCGAGGACGGAGACAACGACGACCCUCAGUCAGUCGACUAUGGUUUAGGUUACGACUGUCCAGUGACGGAGGGGAUAUACGACUACGCGGCAUCAGUGGGCGGAGCCACGCUGACCGCAGCUCAGUGUCUCGUGGACCAAAAGUGUGACGUGGCCAUUAACUGGGCAGGAGGUUGGCAUCACGCAAAGAAGGACCAGGCGUCGGGUUUCUGUUACGUGAACGACGCCGUGUUGGGAAUCCUCAAGCUGAGGGAGAAAUAUGAGCGAGUGCUUUAUGUUGACGUUGACCUGCAUCACGGAGAUGGAGUGGAGGACGCCUUCAGCUUCACGUCUAAAGUCAUGACUGUGUCGCUGCAUAAAUUCUCUCCUGGAUUCUUCCCAGGAACAGGUGACCUUUGUGACACGGGGCUGGGUAAAGGACGUGGCUACGCUGUGAACGUCCCACUGGAGGACGGAAUCAAGGAUGAUGGAUACUACCAGAUCUUUACCAGUGUGAUGCAGGAAGUGCGGGCGCAGUUUAACCCUGAGGCCGUGGUCAUGCAGCUGGGUGCUGACACGAUGGCGGGCGACCCCAUGUGCUCCUUCAACAUGACCCCGGUGGGCGUGGCCAAGUGUCUGCAGUAUGUCCUGCAGUGGACACUCCCCACCCUGCUGCUGGGAGGAGGAGGUUAUAACCUGGCUAACACGGCUCGCUGCUGGACGUAUCUGACGGCGUCAGUCCUGGGAAAGACGCUGUCCUCUGAGAUACCAGACCAUGAGUUUUUCACAGAAUAUGGACCAGACUACUCUCUGGAGAUCAGUCCAAGCUGUAGACCAGACCGCAACCACUCCAAACACCUGGACCAGGUCAUCAGCACCAUCAGAGGGAAUUUAAAGAAUGUGGUUUAGGAGCCGACGGCCUCAUUCUUCCACACACACACACACACACACACACACACACACACACACACUGAUGUGCGGCGUGUUUAAUGAAGACAAUAUGGAGUGAAGCCCGGAGGCACAGAGAGAACGAUGGAGGGAUGAAGGGAGGAGAGAGAGAGAGAGAGAGAAGGUUUUGGAAAAAACAUUUUCCGUGUGUUUCCAGAGGAAAACAGUUUCAUGUGUUCACCGUCUUUCAUGUGUUGUUUUGUUCAGAAGCUACAGUUUGUGUGUCGGGUUUUCGUUGAAGUUCCCUGUUUGUUUGUUUUGAAAUAUUAUGGGAUGUGCGGGGGGGGGGGGGUUUGUAUGUGUAUGUGUGUGUGUUCUUGUCACUUUUACAUUUUAAAGUGAACGGUAAAAACAGAUUUUUCAUGCGUUCACUUUCAUGUUUCACUGUGAUUUUAAAUCCCUGAGGAAACAUGACGAGUAAAACUAAAACACACACACACACACACACACACACACACACAGCUGUAAAACGUCAAAAAUUGCUGAAAAGACUGAAAAGAGUUUUGUUUUUUUCAGUCUUUGAAUGUAAUUUCACUCAUUAAUAAUUGAAAUGUUGUUUAUUGUCCCUGCAUGUUUUUUUUAUUAAAGGACAAAUCCACCUAUUCUCGUCUUUAACUGCUGCUCAAUGAGAGUUUCAAAGUUUUUCAGUGUAAAAUGAUAAUAAACGUGUGAAUGUGACGACAGCUUUCAUCCCAUUUCAAACGAAUACAAUGUGCUUUUAUUUUGAAGGGGAAAACAUUCUUCUGUUUCACUGUUUGAAAAUAAAUAAAUCACGUCAACAGGU